GUGGCCGAGUAGAACUAUUAUAGCAGACAACUGAAAGAAUAAUAAACAAGUAACACGUUAAACAAAUUUUCUUUUUAUCUGUACAAUGUUUCGAAAAGUGCUCUGUAACAAACCUUUUAUUCGAUGUUUUACCAACACUAGCCAAAAUGGAAAUUUUGUGAGGAUCGUUGAAGUUGGACCAAGAGAUGGUUUACAAAACGAGAAACAAGUUGUUCCGACUGCCGCGAAGAUUGAAUUCAUCAACAAACUGUCAGAGGCCGGACUUAAAUCAAUUGAAGCCACAAGCUUUGUGUCACCCAAAUGGGUUCCACAAAUGGCAGACCAUUCAGAAGUAUUAAUGGGCAUCACUAAAUAUCCUGAUGUCAGUUAUCCUGUUCUCACUCCAAAUAUCUUGGGUCUAAAUGCUGCAAUUAAAGCAGGAGCUAAGGAAGUGGCAGUCUUUGGUGCAGCAUCAGAAUCUUUUAGUAAGAAAAAUAUAAAUUGUACUGUGAAAGAAAGUAUCCAUCGGUUUGAAGAAGUUGUUAAGGAAGCCAAAAAACAUGGAAUACGUAUCCGUGGAUACGUUUCCUGUGUCGUUGGGUGUCCAUAUGAAGGCGCAAUUGCACCCUCGGCUGUAGCGCAAGUUGCUGAAGCUUUGUUCAACGUAGGAUGUUACGAAGUAUCUUUAGGUGAUACCAUUGGAGUUGGAACUCCUGGAUCUAUCAGCAAAAUGUUAACGGAAGUGUCAAAGCAUAUCCCAGUUCGAUUUCUUGCUCUUCAUUGCCAUGACACAUACGGGCAAGCCUUGGCGAAUAUCUUACGAGGACUUGAUAUGGGGAUAACUGUCGUUGAUUCGUCCGUCGGCGGAUUAGGUGGAUGUCCAUAUGCGAAGGGAGCAUCGGGUAAUGUGGCGUCGGAAGAAGUCGUUUACAUGUUACACGGGCUCGGUAUGGAUACAGGAAUUGACUUGAAUAAGCUAAUCGAAGCAGGGCAAUACAUGUCUACUACGCUAGGACGGCCGACUGGAUCGAAAGUAAGUCGCGCCUUGUUGUCUAAAAAAUGUUGAGUUGUACAAACAAGGAACAUGUAAUAAGACAAAUUGUAAUAUAUUUAUUUCUCAUCUAUGAAAAAAUAGCAAUC